AUGUGUCCUUCAGCCGACGAGGUUGACAGGAACGGCGUCAACGGACAGACCAACAGCACCAACGGCCAUUCAAAUGGAGUGAAUGGGAAUGCCAGUCACCCUGGCUAUACUGGGAUUAACACCACCCCCACUCCACGGAAUGCCAGAAACCCCUACAUGCCCGUGGGCGAUUUCCUCAGCAACGUUAGCAGAUUUAAGAUCAUUGAGAGCACAUUAAGAGAAGGCGAGCAGUUCGCAAAUGCCUAUUUUGACACCGCUAAGAAGAUUGAAAUCGCAAAGGCACUGGACGAAUUCGGCGCAGACUAUAUCGAACUCACCAGCCCUGCCGCCUCAGAGCAAUCUCGCAAGGACUGCGAAGCUAUCUGCAAGCUCGGCUUGAAGUCCAAGAUCCUCACCCACAUUCGAUGUCACAUGGACGAUGCGAGAAUAGCAGUUGAAACCGGUGUUGACGGCGUUGACGUCGUGAUCGGGACAUCAUCCUUCCUCAGAGAGCAUUCUCACGGCAAGGACAUGACUUAUAUCAAGAACACUGCCAUCGAAGUAAUUAAUUUUGUCAAGUCCAAGGGCAUCGAGAUUCGAUUUUCUAGCGAAGACUCUUUCCGAUCUGAUCUUGUCGACCUGCUGUCGCUCUAUCAAGCCGUUGACAAGGUCGGUGUGGACCGAGUGGGCAUUGCCGACACUGUGGGAUGCGCUUCUCCUAGACAAGUCUACGACCUCGUACGAACAUUGCGCGGUGUUGUCAGCUGCGACAUUGAAACCCAUUUCCACAAUGAUACGGGUUGUGCUAUCGCAAACGCUUACUGUGCUCUAGAAGCUGGUGCUACUCACAUUGACACCUCGGUUCUCGGGAUCGGCGAGCGAAAUGGCAUCACCACGCUGGGCGGGCUCAUGGCCCGGAUGAUCACGGCCGAUCGCGAUUAUGUCAAGAGUAAGUACAAGCUGGAGAAGAUCAAGGAUAUCGAGGAGUUGGUUGCCGAAGCUGUCGCCGUCAACAUCCCCUUCAAUAAUCCCAUCACCGGUUUCUGUGCUUUCACCCACAAGGCCGGUAUUCACGCCAAGGCCAUCUUGGCCAACCCGAGCACAUACGAAAUCAUCGAUCCCGCUGAUUUCGGUAUUGGGCGAUACAUUCAUUUCGCUUCUCGCUUAACCGGAUGGAACGCCAUCAAGUCAAGAGCACAACAACUCAAAAUUGAGAUGACGGACGCGCAAUACAAGGAAGUCACGGCAGCCAUCAAGAGACUGGCUGAUAUCAGACCCAUUGCAAUUGAUGACGCAGACUCGAUCAUCCACGCAUACCAUCGUAAUGUCAAGCUGGGCAAGAAGAACCCCGGGAGUGAGGUGGAACUGCCCAACAUGACGGAGAAGGAGAAGAGACUGCUGGCGGAGAAGCAGCAAGAGGAGCAAUCAGUUCCGGAGAAGAGACGCCUAGAAGAGACUGUUGAUGACCAAGUCGCGACCGAACAGGCGGUCAAGAAGGCCAGAACGGCCGGUGUCACGGCAUAG